AUUAUCCGAUCGAUCUCUUUUCUCCGCGAACCUGAGGCUGAGGCGCGUCAUCCGCUCAACGGUCACUUUCGAUUCCGCGCGGGAGCCGCAGGAGAGCAGUGCUGUUCUCCACUGUACACUACAGUACUCUGCUGUCGGUCAACGGUGCAGGAGCGUUAGACUGAGACCCCUCACCAUGAUCCCGGUCAGCGAAGAGGUGGCGCUGCUUCUCACUGAAUGCAGACAUGAACUUACCAGCAUCCUUCAAAGUAAGUUUGGCUGCACGUUCGUCUGUCACAAUGUGGAGAACGGCAGUCCUUCCAAGAGCCGCGGAGCCGAGAUGAGACCCGACGUAAGGUUCCGCGUGAAGCUGCCUAAGGGGCUCAAGAUCUCGGUAUGGAAGGACGAUUUGACAACCCACAGGGUGGAUGCCGUGGUCAACGCUGCGAACGGUGACCUCAUUCAUGGGGCGGGACUGGCCUCAGCUUUGUCCAAAGCUGGAGGGAAAGAAAUAGAAGAAGAAUGUAAACGUAUCAUUAGAAAGAUUUCAAGGCUGCCCACAGGAAAGGCAGUUGUUACUACCGCAGGCUUGCUUCCUUGCAAAAAAGUUAUUCAUGCAGUAGGUCCAGAACUGCCGGAAGGUGCAUCACACAAAGAUGUUGAAGAGGCUGGUGUUCUCCUGAGAGAAGCUAUUUUCAACAUCUUAGCAAAAGUAGAAGAAGAACGGCUUCAGUCAGUUGCAAUUCCUGCCAUUAGUUCCGGUCUCUUCCACUUUCCCUUGAAACGCUGUGCAGAUAUCAUUGUUCAGACCCUGAAGGAGUAUCAUGACAAAAAGCACAGAGCCACACAGGAUUUGGAGAUUCGUCUGGUCAACAAUGAUGAGCCGACUGUGCAUCAGAUGGAGAGGGCAUGUCGAGAGAUCCUAGGGUCAGAUGCAUUAUACAGCCGAGAAUGGAAAAGACAAAGGAAAAGUCUGGCCAAGUCCCCUGUGCUGGUGCGGAAUGCCAGGCUUCACAUCAAGAAGGGCUGCAUAGAAGAAGAAGAGGUGGAUGUUAUUGUGAAUACAGUAGGUCAAGAAGUCAAUUUGUCCACUGGAGAAAUUUCUAGAGCACUGCUGAAAAAAGCAGGAACUAAAAUGCAAUAUGAAAUUCAACCGCGUUUCUACAACUUUGGAGAAGUCAUUACAACCGAUGGAUAUAAACUGAACUGUACACAUGUGUACCAUGCUGUGUGUGCGCAGAGAUCUGAAAAGUUUUCCAAACAGAUACUAAAAGAUGUUGUUGAAAAAUGCUUGAAAAAAGCAACAUCUGCUGGUAUGACGUCCAUCUCCUUCCCUGCCAUUGGCACCGGUCAUCUGAAUUUCCAAAAAAAUGAGGUAGCAAGUAUCAUGGUGGGAGCGGCAGCAGAUUUGGCCAGGAAAACAGGAGUCUACAUGGAUAUUUUUUUUGUUCUCUUUCCCUCUGAUCUCAACACAUUCAAGGCUUUCGAAAGAGAAAUUUGUUCCCUUGAAGACUUUGCAGGGACCUCCAGCACCUUAAUGAAUGCCAGUAAAGAAGUUGCAGGUGCCAUGGGUGAAGCAGAACAAACUCCAUGCAUCGAAGUCUGUUGUGACUCCAGUGAGCAGAAGAGAGAGGCCACUAAUUGGAUUGUUAAAUUGCUCUACCACACCCCUGAAAGUCAUCGUGUACUCAACAACCACAUCCUGCACUUUGGUCUGAAGGAGUACAACGACCUGCUUUCCAUCGAAACCAAAAGGUCAGUGGCCAUUGAGGAAUUCCUCCAAGAUGGCCUGGUAGGAGUGACCAUCAAGGGGACCCCAAAGGGUGUUAAGGGGGCAACAUUGGCAGUGGAAGCUCUCUGCUGUCAGGCCCAAGAGGAGUUUGCCCAGGCUGAAGAGGAUGACCUGCUGAGCACCCUUGUGCGUUGGCAAUGUGAAGAGAUCCCCGAGCUGAACAAGCCUGGAAACAGUGUCGCUCUUGAGAGAGCCUACCUGGCUGGUUGUGACACUCGGUCUUUUACAGUGGAUGGCAGGGGCAUUGAGGUUUCCUUCAAGAGGAUGGAAGCAACAGACCUGAGUGGGAAGUGUUACGCAAUUGAGAGGAAAUCCUUGCUUGAUGAGGAUGCAGCAGAUGUAAAAAAAAUCAGCAAAUGCUUUUACCAGAGGAAACUGGUCGAGCAGGGCAACCAUGUCAGUAAAGACAAACUAUUUGCCGGACUUGAAGUCAUUAAGAUUGAAAAGGUUGAAAAUUCACUUUUGGAGCAUCAUUUCCAGCUGAAGAAGCAGCAGCUGGGAGGGAACACGAUGCUCAUGUACAAACAGGUCUCAGCUCAGUUCUGCGACCUCGUCUGCAGAGUUGGAUUCCAGAAGACGUACUCACCACCUCGGCACCAAAAGUUUGGUGCAGGAAUCUAUUUCUACAGCAACCCUGAAGCUCUGCGGAAGCAAGACGUGGGAGCGGAUAUGGAGGAGUACGUCUACAUUUUUCUAGUGCAGGUUCUGAGAGGAAAGUCCUGCAAAGGCUCCCCUGAGCUAAUUUUGCCUCCUGCACUUCGUGAAGAUCCUCUCAUUGGUUACAACAGCGUGACAGGAGACACGGACACCCACGUUAUAUUCAACAGCCGCCAGGCUCUUCCCGAGUAUCUGAUCACUUGUAGAAAGGCACCUGCUAGUCACACAUUGUAAUAUAAUAAAAGUAUAUAUCUUAAUUAUAACUGUUUGAUUCACAAUAAAUGGUUGAAAAUAAUUGAGAAUUGUCAAAACUGAUUGUCAAAUGUUUGCUCUACACUAAAGGGGAAAGUUCAUAUAUUCCAUAAUUGCUAUGAAUGAAGGAAACUACAAGGGAUAUGAAAGUAUACUGUUAGUAUGUUGUAAGUUGAAAAGAGUUCACUGUAGAUAAUGUACUCUAGCACUGUAAGUCACAUUGGGUGAACGGGUGUGGCCUAAAUACGACAUGGCUUUCACCGGAAGUCGCUUUGGAGAAAAGCAUCUGCUAAAUGAAUAAAUGUCAAUAUAGGAGGGUGUGGAUUAAUUGUCAAUGAUCAAUAAAUAACAAGAGGAG